UCUUUCCUUAGUUCCUUGCCAAUCCUGGAACUGGAAAAUGGAUUUGGUGUGUAACGUGUCAUUCUUCAUAACGAAGAAAACAAAAUCUUCGUUAUAUAAAUUAUGUAAUAUUAGGAAUUCAUCAAAAACAAUUCAAUAUCUGUCUCUUGCACUCAUCGAAAUUUGAUUAAAGCAUGGCAAGCACACAAUCGCAAGACACGAAAGUAGAGUCCCAGCAAACGGUAUCGGAGGAGGAAACCAAGAAAUGGGGAACCCACAUCAUGGGUUCACCGGCGGCCCCUACAGUCCACCCUGAUAACCAAAAAGCAGCCUCAUGGACCGCCGGUGACCACCAGCAAAUUUAUCAGCAACCUUACCUUGUUUAUUCCCCUACAGACAAGCCUAGCAACAACCCUUUUGAACCUGUAAUCCACGCCUUCAACACCUGGAGCGCUAAAGCAGAGACCAUUGCCCGUAACAUCUGGCAUAAUCUGAAGACGGCGCCGUCUGUAUCUGAAGCAGCAUGGGGUAAGGUGAACUUGACAGCAAAAGCAAUAACAGAGGGUGGAUUUGAGUCUCUGUUUAAGCAGAUUUUUGAAACAGACCCAAAUGAAAAGCUGAUAAAGACUUUCGCUUGUUACCUUUCAACAUCGACUGGACCUGUUGCUGGAACCAUUUAUCUAUCAACGGCUAGAGUUGGUUUCUGCAGUGAUCGUCCUCUUUCCUUUAGAGCUCCUUCAGGACAAGAGACUUGGUGCUAUUACAAGCUGAUGAUACCAUUGUCGAAAAUUGGACAAGUCAACCCAGUUAUUAUGAAAGAAAACCCACCAGAAAAGUAUAUUCAUAUUGUCACUGUGGAUGGCCAUGAAUUCUGGUUCAUGGGCUUUGUUAAUUUCGAGAAAGCAGUGCAUCAUCUCUUAGAUUCUGUGUCAAGUGUUGUUCGUUAGAUACUGUCAGGUCCUUGAAGCUCCUUCAUAUUUGUUGAAUUUUCAUUUGUUUCUUGAAUGUAAUAGCUAGGUUCUUUCUUGUAUUAUAAAGUAGUUAUUUGGUUUUGUUAAUUAUUAAUCUUCUGUAAUACAUAUAUCCUAUCCUUUUAUUUUA